AUGGAAAAUCAAAACUCCACUGAUCACUUGGAUGCCAAGAAGAGGGUCAUCGUCGUAGGCGCCGGUAUUGCAGGUCUAUGUGUAGCCUCUAAGCUCAUUGACGAGGGGCUUGAUGUUGUGAUCCUGGAGGCUCGGGAUCGCAUUGGUGGGCGGAUAGUGACAGACCACGAAGACGGCGAUAACAUCGACAUGGGAGCUGCUUGGAUGCAUGCAACAUCUUACAACCCCUUGGUGAAGCUAAUAUCCAGGCUCGGCAUCGAAUACUACUAUAACGAUGGCAACUCUGCUUAUUUCACCGAAUUUGGCCCCGCUGGCCCGAACUUCAAAGCCCAGAAUGUGGCCUACGAGUUCUUGGACUAUCUCAACUACUGGAAUCUAAAAAGCCCUGACAGUCCUGACUACUCAGCAGAGGAGCACAUUCGCAUGUUUGUGAAGCAGCAAGAACUGAUCAGCGAAGAUGAGAAGAUCUGGGCUCCUGAAGCGCUGCGCAUUAUCGAACCAACUUUUGGUUUGGCCCUCAGCGAGAUCUCAUCUAGGUUCUUGAACGAUAUUUUACCUCCUCAGCGCGACUUAUAUGUCACCGGAGGUUAUGAUCGCGUAGUCAAUCACUUGGCUCAACCUGUUCUUGAACUGCCUGGCGCUUUGAGGCUGCGCCAUGUCGUUAAUCGAGUCGAAUGGAAUCGCUCAGGCAAUACAUCGCCCGUCUCAGUGCAUGCCAUCGAUGCCGAGGGUAACCACUACGCUGUUGACGGUGAAGCUGUAGUUAUGACUGCCCCUCUCGGCGUACUACAUCAGCAGAAAAUCGCCUUCGAGCCGCCCAUCCCCAGCGACCUAGCCCUUGGUACUUCCAAGAUUAGCUAUGGUACGCUUGGCAAAGUGUUCUUCAAGUUUACUGAAGUCUUCUGGUCUACGCAGAAUGACAACUUGAUCUACUUUCCUACUCCAGCUACCUUGGCUGACGACAGUCAAAAGGUCAAAUACCCGGUUCUGUCUCAUUCUUUCCUAGCUACCAACCUCUGGAUCAUGACUGGCGUAAAGAAGCUCUGCAUAUUCGUUACACCGCCAGUAGUUCAUGAGAUUGAACGAAUGGGAGAAAAUCAACAGGCACUGUUUGAGUACUUUGAGCCGCUACUGAAGCUUUUCCGAACGGAGCCAUAUAAAACACUACCUAAAAUGGUGGAAGCGAAAGUUACGUCGUGGACGAAGGACGACUUCGCGGGCAACGGUUCAUAUUCCACUGCGAAGGUUGGAGAUGACCCUCACGUCCUUUGGGAUGCCUUAGAUGAAAAUAAAGACUCGAUAUUGCAGUUUGCUGGCGAUCAUUGCUCCCGUACAGGAACCGGAUGUGUUCACGGCGCGUACGAGUCGGGCGAAGCUGCUGCAGAUAAUAUAGUAAGGAUAUUACGUCAACAGUAA